AUGGACUGCACUUUCUGUGACUCUCCAGUUGUGGCUGUGAAAACGUGUCUGCUUUGUGAAGCUUUCAUGUGUAAGGAUCACCUGGAGGUCCACAGCAGAUCAUCCAGUCACGUCUUAUCUGAUCCCACCACCUCCCUGAAGAAGGAGAAAUGCUCUGUCCACAAUGAGAUCUUCAGAUACUUCUGCUCAGAAGAUGGUGUUUGCCUCUGUGUGUCCUGCUGUAUGGACUCGGCCCACAGAGAUCACCAGCUGGAGCCUCUCUUGGUGGCCUAUGAAAAGCUGAAGGAUAGCCUGAAGAGCAUCUUGGAAAAAUGGACUAGGAAUGAAAUAGAUGCUGAUCUGGAAUUGAAGAAUUUGCAGAAAGAAAAGAUGAGGAUCCAAGAAAAAAAAGAAGGGGUGAUGAGAAAUGUGGCUUCUCUAUUCCAAGAUGUCCACAGAAGGCUGGAAGCCUUGGAGAAACAAGUUCUUGGAGAAGUUUUCCAGCAGGUAAAGAUGAUCUCUCAAAUGGUUUCUCAACGAAUCCAGCAGGUUGAGAAGAAGAAGACAGAGCUGUCCGAAAAGAUAUCUCAGCUUGAGACACUGAGUAAGACGGCAGAUGUAGUCACGUUGUUGCAGCAAGGUGGGUCCUGGUGUGCUGGGGGUCUCCCUGACAUGGAGGAUAUAGGUGGGACCAUCAAACAGAGGUACGGAGAGCUUCAGGCCCCCAGUGAUCUGGAUGAGGGUCUGAUCUCAGUGACUCUAUAUCAUGGUCUGUCCGAUAUCAUAGCCAGUGCCAAGGGAAUGCUUUAUGUUCGGGAGGCUUCAGAUCUAUCCUUUAAUGUGAACACGGCUGGAGAACACUUGGACAUAACAGGUACCCAAAAAACCCUGAGAACUUCGUAUAAAAAGAUAAAUCGCCCCAAACUGUCCGAGAGAUUUCAGUACAGUCAGGUUUUAAGCACCAGAAGUUUCUCCUCAGGUCGACAUUACUGGGAAGUGGAGACUGGACAAUGCGGGAACUGGAGGGUUGGGGUGUGUUAUCCCAGUAUGGACCGGAGGGGGGACCAGUCCUACAUAGGACAUAACAGGAAGUCCUGGUGCAUAGGAGGGUGCAAUAGACUGUAUACAGUGAUGCACAAUGAAAGAACAACCCAUUUACCUCAGAAGUCUGCAGCCUCCAAGAAGUUAGGACUCUACCUGGACUAUGAGGCUGGGCAGCUGUCCUUUUAUGAACUGGGGGACACUAUAAAGAACUUAUACACCUUCAUGGCCACCUUCACUGAGCCCCUACAUGCCGCCUUUGGGGUAUGGAAUAGCCAUAUAACAAUAAGGAGUUAG